UUAUCUAUUACGGCGUCCGCUUGUCAUUGUAACUCACUUGCAUAUCGUUUAUAAAAAGGAAGCUGUCGUAGCAGCAGUGACGCGCUGUCGGUAGCGCAGGCGCGAUAUCGAAUCACUUGACAGACGGAAAGUCGCCGCUGUUUUGCUUUUUCCUACACGGCUUUUGGCGUUACUGAACAUCCGUGAGAAGAGCGCAGAACUCCUGGGGAUAUCAACCAACGCAUGCGCGCCAGCGCAUAAGAGGAAAGUUUUGCUCUGACAACUGCCGACGAGUCGUGUCAGAGAAACGAUGUUGACCCUAGCGCGGAGACUGACCUUCCGCCCGUGCGUCUACAGGGUUAACGCAGCCCUGUGGUGUUCGUCGGCCGCUACCCCUCUCCAACGCUUCAACGACGCCGUCGCCAACCUCGACAAAGUGCCUGAGGAGCCGUCGAACGACGUGAAGCUCAGGUUGUACGCGCUGUACAAACAGGCGACAGUGGGCAAGUGUAACACUCCCAAGCCAGGGGUGUUUGAUCUGGUCAACAAGGCUAAGUGGGACGCCUGGAGCACCCUCGGUGACAUGCCUAAGGAAAAGGCGCAGGACGAAUAUGCCUCGAUCGUCAACAAGCUCGGUGCCGCCCAGAAUUCUAACACCAGAUCAUCGAGCGCUGGUGUAUCUGCGCAGUCGCCAUCUGCUGCCACAGGCGGUGACCUCAUCUCGAGCGUCGAGAACAAAGGCUUCGUGGUCCGCUUCAACCGGCCGACCAAAAAGAACUCCAUCACCCUCGAGAUGUACGAAACAAUGAUAGGUUACCUCAAGGAGGCGACCGAGCGAGACGACAUCCACUACCUGGUGCUCACGGGCACGGGCGACUUUUUCUCGAGCGGCAAUGACCUUGGCAACUUCAUGAACAGGCUUAAAACGGGUCUGCCACCAGAUGUGCUUGCCAAGGAUGCGGCCGAGCUUGUCCGUCGUUACGUCGCUGCUUUCAUUAACUUCCCCAAGCCGGCUGUGGCACUGGUCAAUGGCCCUUCCAUAGGCGUUUCCUGCACGGUCCUCGGUCUCUUUGACUUCAUUUAUGCCUCGGACAAGGCUUUCUUUCACACGCCAUUCACGCUGCUCGGACUGAACCCUGAAGGCUGUUCUUCCUACACAUUUCCAAGGGCCAUGGGCGCAGCUAGAGCCAACAGGGUGCUGAUGCUCAACGAGCAGCUCAGUGCACAGGAGGCCAAGUCGUGCGGCUUUAUCACUGAUGUGUUCCCACACGCCACCUUCCACGAGGAGGCCAAGAAGAGGCUUCAGGAGCUUGAUAAGCUUCCACCCAAGUCUUUGCAGUAUUCAAAGGCGCUGGUUCGGGAUCCCAUCUGGGCUGACCUGCACAAGGCCAACGACAAGGAGUGCGAUCGCCUCACAGAGCGCUUCAUCUCACAGGAGGCAAUGCAAGCAGUCAUGAACUUCUUCAAGGACAAGGGGAAGCUUUGAACUGUGCAGCAGCUGUUGCUGCAUUUGCCCAUUGGAGUACCGUCCAGGAAGCAGCAGUUCUCCGGCUGUCCUGCCUUUGAGGGCUCCGUUCAGCCUUGUGCAAUGCUAACUGUGGACUUCUUUCCGGUGAACCUUAGAGGACUAAGUGCUGUGGGUUGUUGUUCCAGUUCUAAUAAAGGCCCAAUGUACGCCCAACAUCAGGCCACACUUGCCCUAGAUAAGGCAGUGUUGCUCAGACAUUUAGUGCUACUUGGGUUAUUUCAGCUUCAAGAAUUCAAUGUUUUCCACAACACGGAGAGCAUAGUACUCAAUUUUUUUUUUUCUUCGAAUGCACUUCACAAAUAACUACCUUGUGCCAGAAAGAUGGCAUUUGAACAAAAAGAUCCUGACGGGCAUUCACGUGAUAACGGAAACUCUUAAUGCGCUCCUCAGUAUGGCUGGGGAUCUACUUUCUAGAAAAACAACCUUCCACUUCCACCUUGAAGCAACAUAGAAUGUCUCACAGAUGCUUGCAUACACGUUUGCAGUUGUGGAGCCAAAUGUCACUGGUUGAGAAUGUUUUUAAAACUCUGGCAGUAUUUUACACUGUUAAUCGGAUUUUUGGGUCUACUGUGGCAACAUGAAGUUAAUUCAUCAUGUACAACAUUCAUAACAUGAAAAGUAUUGUUUGAUGGAGGGGGGGGGGGGGCUAGGUCCACAAUUUUUACCGGUGAAUAUUAAUGGUUGAUUACAGCACACAUUUGGGUGCCUACAUGUCUGUUGGUGUUGCUAUGAAUGGAGCGUCAGACUUGCGUAGACUUUGAUUUUCUCUUCUCUUGUUCACCUGUGCUGCAGGUUAUCAUGCUCACAUGAAUGUUGCAGUUGCAGAUAAAAUGUAUUUUUUCACU